UCCCUUCGCGGUUUGUUCCUGCUGCUGCUGGCGGUGUCCGGGCUCUUGGAGAAGGCCGGAGGUGGAAGUUAAAUAAUCCGUCUGCUUUCUGUUCGUGCUCCUGCUUGAAUGUAGGAGCUCCAGAUUCUCAUCCUGCAAUAUAGUGACAUCGCAGGAGACAGCAGUGCUGAUCUGGGGUAUCACUGGCUAAAAGAGGAGAGAAGGAACCUAAAAAAUAGUAAUGUCCAAGAAAAAAGGACUGAGUUUUGAAGAGAAGAGGGCCCGCAUGAUGGAGAUUUUUUUUGAAACAAAAGAUGUCUUCCAGUUGAAGGAUCUAGAGAAGAUUGCUCCAAAAGAAAAAGGGAUUACCUCGAUGUCAGUGAAAGAGAUUCUGCAGAGCCUUGUUGAUGAUGGCAUGGUGGAUACUGAUAGAAUUGGAACUUCUAAUUAUUUCUGGGCUUUUCCAAGUAAAGCUCUUCAUGCCAGGAAGCGUAAAUUGGAGGAGUUGGAGUCUCAGUUUGCUGAAAGCAGUCAGAAAAAAGAGGCUUUAGAAAAAAGCAUUGAGAAAUCAAAAAUUGGACGUGAAGAUACUGCGGAUCGUGCAGCUCUGCUGAAGGAACUUGCUGCCCUUCGGCAGAAAAAAGAGCAGCUAAAGACAGAAAUAGACAAAUACAGGGAAUGUGAUCCAGACGUGGUUGAAGAGAUGCGCCAAACAAACCAAGUGGCCAAGGAGGCAGCCAACAGAUGGACUGAUAACAUCUUUUCAAUAAAGUCCUGGGCCAAGCGUAAAUUUGGAUUUGAAGAGAGCAGAAUAGAUAAAGGUUUUGGAAUCCCAGAAGAUUUGGAUUACAUUGAUUAGUGUUCAGUUGAUGGCUGACACAGUUGUAUAUAGUUUGUUAUAUAUUCAUACCUGCCAUUAAAAUGUGAAUCCUCUCCAAAAAGAUGACCACCCUUUAAUUUGCUGGUUCUGUUAAAGUUAAUAAAAUACUAAAAAUA